AUGACGGCGUGUACGAACACGGCGAUACUUGACGCGGCGUCACUGCCGCGGCGCUACUGUCGCAAGGCGUCAGCGGCCGAGCCGCGCUUCCCCUCGCAGUGUCGCGCCGAUCGCACGGUCAACACGUGUGUUGAAGAGUACAAAAAUUCGAAAAAAAAGGACAGAGUUUGGGAUGAAAUUGGGAGGGUGUUAAAUAAAAAAGGCGAGUAUCUU